AGCCAGCCUGCCCGCCACCCCGAAGCCCCUUCAGCUCCGACUUGUGAGCUUCUCUCCUCCCAGUCUCCACAAUCCGGGCUCGGUGCCACUCUGCUAACGCGAUCCGACUCCUACCGAACGAAACGCGCUCAUCGUUCCGUCGGAAGCUACAAAAGUCCAACGUUAGAGGAGUUUCAGCAUCGGAGAAGUUUGUUAGUUUUAUUUUAUUUUUUUCUUUUUUGCCCCCGGAUUCUGGCCCCGUCGCGGGGCAGGACAACAAAACCAGGCCAACAACGGGUGAGAAAAGGGCGACCAUACGAUGUGGAUCUGGUACCUUCUGCUUGGUUCGGGGUCAGGCUCGAGAACUGCCGAGAGCCAAAAGCUUCCUGGGAAUAACUUCACCACUGAGUGUAACAGUCCUGGGAACUUCAUGUGUGGAGAUGGAAUGUGUGUCCCAAGUGACUGGCAGUGUAACAAAGUGCCCAACUGCGUUGACGGGAGCGACGAGAGAGGCUGUCCUAAGGUCAAGUCUAAGUGUGCUUCCACAUUCUUCGCCUGUGCUAAUGGUUACUGCAUCAUCGGAAGGUUCCGCUGUAAUGGCUUCAGUGACUGUCCUGAUGGGAGCGACGAGGAGAACUGCACAGGCAACCCCCUCGUGUGCUCAGAGACUCGCUUCAAGUGUCGAAACGGCCGUUGUGUAGACCGAAGCUUUCUCUGCAAUGGCCAGAACAACUGUAUGGACAACAGUGAUGAAGAGCUCUGCUUGACCACAGCAGAAGCUCCUGGCUUUGUGACACUGGACCAUAGUCUGCGCUAUUACCCCAGCAUCACAUACGGUGUCAUCGGCAGCGCCAUCAUCUUCGUCCUGGUGGUGGCUCUGCUGGCCUUGGUGCUUCAUCACCAGAGGAAACGGAGCGUCCUGUUGCCCAGGAGUGUAAGGGGAAGCACGCAUCACCACCAGCCCCUCCUGCUGUCCCGACUAGUCAUCCUGGACCGAGGUCACCCUAAUGCCAGAGGUCUGGGUCUCAGCCCCGGCUCCAGCAAUGCUGCGGGCCACUACACUGCAACUCCUCAAGCUUUGCAUCUGCUGUCCGGGGCCAUGUAUCCCUGCUCAGUGUCCUUAGACUCGCCUCCCUCAUACUCUGAAUCAGUUCUGGAUGUCAGUCGACCUCCUUGGUUUGAUCUUCCCCCUCCACCUUACGUCAAAGACAGCGAACUUUCUUCAGAUGGAAAUCUUCCUCAUUACGACAAUCUGCAGGAUGGUCUGAGCCAUUGCGCAUCGCCUGACUCUGCAUCCCCACCUCCCAGGAUGCUUCCCCCAGACUCGCAGACGGGUCCCAGUCCUACGGAGGAGUCAGACCAGCUGUAGCCCCUGUCAUGUAGGCUGAUCAGACUUUGGACAGUCAAACAGCUGGACUCACUAUCCCAGCCAUAUAGAGCUAUCAAAGACUAAAGGACAGCCCUAAAUAAAGGCCCUUUGGAAAAGAUUCAGGGGAGUUAAUCAACUUCAAAAGGGUCCCAAACUGGCUGCCUUCACUUCAGCCAGCUGAAGCUCCAGCAUUUCUCCUGUAGACUGAACCUGUGUGCUGGUUCCCUCUGCUGGUAUGAUAGAUUAAUUACAUUUCAAAGUGUUCAGCUGGUGUUAAUUCAGUUCCUUGAAGACAUUUUAUCUAUUAUACUUACCAGUGAAAAUACUGAAGACUACAAAGAAGAAAUCAACUGCUCAUCUUUAUUGUGGUACACUUCUGAUUAGCAUAGGAUGAGUUUUGCUAGAUUUUAAAAUACUCCACAAUGUGCCUAUUUACAUUUAAAAUAUAAUUAAAUUAGAUUUAGCUUAACUUGUUUAUUUCCCAGUUCAUCAAAUGAACCAUCAUAUGAGACAUACAGACACAAACUAAUACCUUGCUGCUUGUUUGAAACAAUUUUAAACAGAUCGGCUUAGGCUUUUUUUUCUUUUUACUCAUUAAAUGUUUUCCUUUGUGUCUCAUCUUGCCAUUUAGUUAAAUACCAAUAACAAUAUGUAAUAGGACCACCUAUGUUUUAGGAGACAAUGUUUGUACUUGAUGUUCUAAAAUCAUUCCUCUAAGCAGAAGAACCGAGACGUUUCGAACCUGUAAGACCAACAGGGUUCAUACGCAAUCUGCUUUAUAUUCCAUAAGAAUUCAAAGGGGGAAAUGCGGUUUGACAAAACAUGUUAUUGCUUAUUUGGUUUUCUAAAAGAAAAAUGUACGAACUUUUAAAAUAGAAAAAAGUUCUGUAUUUUUUUAAUUUAGAUACAAAUUAAAUUGUCACAUCCCAGCUUGAGUUGAACAUUUUAGCCAUCGGUACAGUAUUUUUUUUUUCCUUCCAUUUCAAGGAUGGAACAAGCAUUAGAUUCUAUACUACCUUUUUCUCUUCUUUCAAAUUUUUAAUCUAUGUCCAUAACAACAGCUGGGUAUGAGGUAGAAAAUACAUUAGACUGAACUGCACAUGUAAAGAAAUUGUGCACAAAAGACAAAACAAAUCAAUCUAUUUAAAGCAGAACACUACUUAGAAUGUGAAGUAAAAUAUUCCUUUCCUUUUAGAUAAUGUAAUUAAUUCUGGUACAAAACUAAAUUAAACCAAAGAUACGAAUACUAAAAGUUUACCAAUAAAAGAUACAACUAUGUGUUUGUAAUUUUAUCACCAAAACAACUGCAAAUGUUUGAUUGGGUGAAACGGUUUUGAUUUGAGAUUUUGUUGCGAUCAAGACCUUCUUUAUUUCAGAUUUUUAGUCCUAACUUUAUCUAUCCACACAAAUCCCAGAUCUGUGAAGUUUUCUUUCAUGAUUUCUUUGUUCUAUGUAGUGUGUACAUUUGAAGUAAAACAAAUAUCCGAUUCAUA